AGGUGAGGGACCGGCAGCGAUGGGCGGCCGCUCCCGGCUGCGCUGCACGGGCGCCGACGCCGGAUACUUCAUCCUCAAGCUGACGCUCGGGGUCUCCGCCACUCUCUUCUGGCCCUCGGAUUUUGAAUGACUGUAGCUUCUUCUGCAAGAGCUCUAUAGCCUGGUCAGAACAAGGUCAGAACAAGGUCAGACUUCAUCUCUUGGGCAAAGCAGAGCUGUUGGGACUGCUCAUCAUGUGUGUGGGCAUUUAUGCAGAAGUGGAAAGGCAGCAGAACAAAACAAUGGAAGGAUUCUUUGUAGCACCUGCCGUCAUCCUGGUGCUGCUGGGAGUCAGCAUCUUUGUGGUGUCCUUCGCUGGGAUGGUCGGAGCUCUCAGAGACAAUCGGCUGCUCCUAAAAAUGUUUAAGUGGACGCUGGUCGUGGUGCUGUUGCUGGAGUUGGUUUUCAUAAUCGUCUGCUUUUUAUGUCGGAAUAAGGUGCUUCUGAUAUUUAAAGCAAAUGUGCGAGAGGGGAUUAAACAUUAUUACGAAGACUUGGAUUUCAAAAACAUUUUGGAUCGGAUUCAAACCAAGUUCUCGUGCUGCGGAGGAGAUGAGUACAAGGACUGGACAGUGAACCAUUACCAUGCCUGUGAUGCGCCAGGACCAAUGGCCUGCGGAGUACCAUACACCUGUUGUAUCAGGGAACAGGAAGGUGAUGUCAUCAACACACAAUGUGGAUACCAGACACUACAUCAAGAGCGUUUGGAGGUUGGCACUGCCAUCCAUGCACGAGGCUGCGUAGAUGCUGUCAGUCUGUGGUUUGAAGAUAACAUCGGCAUCACAGUGGGAAUACUCACCGCCAUUCUCCUGCCACAGGUCCUUGGGAUUGUACUGAGUUGUUUGUACCUGGGGAAACUAUCGCAACACAUGGAUGAAUUAGAUGGGUUCAGAAUGUUCGUUCCAUACGAGCAAUUGGAUCUCAGUGGGGCCGGCUGGUGCCUGUGCCUGCCCAGAGAGGAAGGUUAUCAGCCAAUGGAGGAAGCUGACAUCCCCAACACAAUGGAUCCUCUUCAAGACCCAGAACUGAUGGACGCAGAACAGGCAGAGCUGAACUGAGGUUGGAUUCCAGAAUCCAAUGAUUGUUGAAACUUGUCACCAGCCAGAAUCGAGAUCGUGGAUUUGCCUUUCUCCAUAUAUAAUAUGACUGGCUUGUGAUGGUUAUGUCCGUGUGUGAGAGGCAGUUCCAUGCUCUUGUUGGUAAUGGUUCCCAAUAGUGUCAUCAGCGAACAAAUUAGGAAUGUGAUCAGGCUUCUUACAAGAUAGUAUAGAUUCCACCCAAACCCCUGUUGGGUUCUGUGUACCAAAUAACCUGAUUACAUGGAAAAUUAAUUGUCAUAUUUAAAAGGAAAGGGCACUCGGUAAAUUCCUCAGCUGAACCUGGUGAUGUAAAAAGCUGCAAGCAUAGACAGGCUGGCUUGCAGCUUCACAAUCACCAGCCUUGAUGGUCUUUGUUGGGCAGCUCACCUGGCUCUGAGGCAGAGCAAACAUUUCCAGAUCCACUAACUUGCCAAUCUCACCCCACAAGAUCCAUGCAUGGAACAUCCAAAUCCUACAAGCUCGUGUUUCCCAGUGCCAAAUUAUCCUGUGUUCAUUACUGAUUAACCAGUGCACGCUCAGCGAUAAUGCAAAGUGACCUUAUCUUCUCAUCCAUGGGAAGCGUGUCCAUGAUGGAGAUGAGAAAUCACGCGGCAAGUCAGGCUCCAUCAGUGUUCUGUUUCAUCUGGACACUGCAGCAACUUCAUUACAACAAAGCAGUGCAGAGGUUGUAAAGCGCCUGUGUAUCCACAGCACCUCCUCAGAACUUUGACAAGUUUAAUCUUCCAUCUUUUGACAUUAGCAGACAAUUAACUGACCUUUAAUGUUGGCAUUGAUUCAGCUGGAAGUCUUAACAAGACCAAGAUUUGAAAUUCCCCAAGGCAGGGGAAAAUGCAGAAUCAUCAUCAUCAUGGGAUCUGUCGAUCUAACAGAUAAAAAUGUGUCAUCUGCCACAUCACAAAGCCCAGAGACUAUUGUUCUGUGAUUUCUUUGACUCCAGUCAGGUUUAUGGACGGUAUGCAAGACAGGUUUUUCACUGUACCUCAGUACAUGUGACAAUAAUAAACCAAUUUACCAAUUAUUGCAUGCCGGUUUCAUGCUACAACCUUACACCACUUAUCUCUCUCUUCUUACCUUUUCCCCAUCCCCCGGUGGAUCUACUCUCCCCUCCUCCCCUGAACCUGCCUAUCACUGUCUCUUACCCGCUUCUAUCUAUCACCAUCUUGUGCCCACCCCGCCUCCCCUCUUUUGUACACCUCUCACUGCUCUGCUUUUCCCUCCUAUAUAUUGGGCUUCCCCUUUUCCUAUCUUCAGUCCUGAAGAAGGGUCCUGACCCAAAACAUUGACCGCCUGCUUUUCUCCAUGGAUGCUGCCUGGCCUGCUGAGCUCCUCCAGCAUCAUCAUGUUUUUCACUACUUAUCCCGCUUCAUGUCUAUUCCUACACUGAUUUAUUCUGUUUCACAGUUUCAAAUACAGUGCCAAACCUUUUCCUAAAUUAGUAUAAUCAUUUUAGUUUUUCAUUGGCCCUGACCACUAGAGUUGCCAGAGAAGUAAUUAUUUGUUUGCUGAGGUACAGUGGGACACAGAAAUCAGUUUGGAGGUUGCACCAUCUCAGCUAUGGCCAGAGAGGAUCAACAUGGGAAAACUCAUCAGUAAGAAGAGAGAGACUGUGGAAAUUUAUUAACCACUCACAGUGUUAGCUGUGACACCACACACCUCCAAAAACAGGUCAGUCUCCAUCGUUGAAAAGCAAAAAAAAACUGCAGAUGCUGGAAAUGGAAACUAAAGACAGAAAACACUGGAAACACUCAAUGUGUCAAGCAGCAUCAGAUAAAUAAAAAUAAAUAAAAAAUGAACGUCUUAGUAUGUAGAGUAUUGGUUUCUGCAGUCAUUUCACUUCAGGUAAUUUAAUUAAUUGUCAGGUGAAUGACCUUCCAUCAGAGCCUGAAACUUUAGCUCUGUUUCUCUGUCCAGAAGCACUACCUGUCCUGCUGGGUAUUUUUCUGCCUUUGCUCUUGAUUUCAGAAAAGGUGUGGAUAAGCUGUCAGCACGAUCCUAUCACCUCAAGGAGCAGAGUUUGAAUCCAGCUCUGACUGACCAGUUCUCUCAGCUUCCCUUUUCUACCUGCAAGGACCUGCUGUGAAAUUGAGUUGACAUAGGGUCACAGCAGACAACUGACACUGCUGUUCAGAAUGCCAGACCUGCAAGAGGUGCUUGAAUGUAUGCUGGUACAGUCUUAGAGAUAGUAGAUAUUUUGGAAAGGUAAUCAAUGGAUUUCCACACAAUAGUUGGUGCUACUUGAAGAGCAACCAAAUUUACCCAAGAGACUAAGCAAUAAAAAAUAAAUUGGAUGACUAUUUAUUUACAAGAAUAAAUACUUGAGGAAUUACUUAGAAGCAAAUAAUGCACUUUGCUCCCACUGUAUUGUAUUCAUGAAAGAGUUUAAUUUAUUUUGGGAUGUGGGUGUUGCUGACAAGACUAGCAUGUAUUAUCCAUUCCUGCUUGCCCUGGACAUGUAUUGUUUGCCCAGCCACUUUAGAAGGCAAUUAAGAGUCAGACAUAUGAGUUUGGAGUCGAUGCAGAUGGAAUGGCUGAAGCUGAAGGAUAUUCUUCCCUGAAGAACUUUAGUGAACCACAUGGAUUUUGAAUAACAUGAUCUCCAGUACUGAUACUAGCUUUUCAUUUCCAGAAACCUGAAUUCCCUCUUUCCAUAGUGGGAUUUAACUAAUUAUCAGCAUAGAACUUCCAGUUACUCAUUCAAUAUGCCACUAACAUCAUUUAAAGGAUGUUGAAAAGUAUUUAGGCAUAUAAUCUUUAGCCUUUGGUUAAUAAAUUUCUUUUCUACUAAAAGCUUUAUAGUCACUCUUAAGCAAAUGAAAUAAAUUGAAGUCCCUAAUGAUGUAAACUUUUGGCUGGUUGGCUGUUUUGGCUCCUUUUAGAGAAGGAGAGGGUAAUUAGAACACACUCAGGACACUGUUUCAGCAGAGUCUUUUAUUGGCAAGGUCAGGAAGAAAUUUUACAAGAUAAAUAAAAAAUGAUCGUCUUAGUAUGUAGAGUAUAGUUUUCUCCAGUCAUUUCAUUUUCAGGUAAUUUAAUUAAUUGUAUGGCAAUUUCAAGGUGGUAUCUUCAAACUUAAGGGGGAGGAGGAUCAAUAAUUGACAGGGGAUUAGUUAUGAGAUUUAGUCAUGUGUUUUUUUAAAACUUUUGGUGGUCAAAUAAUGUGUAACGACCUUCUCUCUUGAACUUUCCAAUGUUCCUUUGAUAAACAAGAGGCAAUGACUGUAUUUUUUUGUUUAGUGUGAUAUAUCAUUGCCCAUAUCCUGCUGGCAAAAAAUCAUCAGUUGUGCAUGGUUGAAAAGACAGAGAUUCAUCAUAUUUUAUAAAACUUCAUAGGGGGUUAUUGAACCAACUGAAAUUCUAACCUCCCUUCUAUGAAGUAUGUCAGAGUAGUAAUUAACAGGAGUUCAUGAAGUCACCAAAACCUUUUUGGAGAAAAACACUUGUUGGGCAAAUAUUGUGAAAUAAUUUUGUGCUAUAGACUGUUGAAAGAAUAUCUUUGUUUUUUAAAACCUUGGAAUCAUGUUCCUUCUUAUUUUAAAAUUUAAAAAAAUAAAAAUUAUG